GUUCCCGUUCUUCGUGUCACGGGCGGAGUUUUGUUGCGGAUCUGAAGGAAGGGACGCGGAACUUUACGGUACUUUUCAUCCUUCCAACUCGAGAUCACGGAAACGUAGCCGUACCGUACGGUACUAUUGGAUGGUACUUUACCUACCGGUACUAUUAUAUUGGCACCCGACCGUGAACUGCUUUGUCCUCGGGUUGGAGCGGCACAAUACCGUACUGGACGAGUACCGUACGGCACCCUAGUCCUCCUCGAUCCAAUCCAGGCACCAGGUGACCGAUGGAUUCGAAGUUCCGGCUCGGUUCCGAGAAUCGAACCGGGCCUUCCCUCCACAACAGCGACCCCCCGAUGCGGGGCAUCCCCCCCGGAUUCCCGGAAGAUCCGAUCGAAGCCGCGGGUGGUACUCGUACUCCUGCUAACGGCAGUGCUCGUGCUCGCACCCGUACCGCGAUUGCGGAAAAGACCACAGCCGCCGUAGAAAUAGCGAACCAGGCACCGGGGGCGACGUGCACCAUGAGCGCUGCGCCGAGCGGAUUCGGGCGCAGACCGAGGCAAUGCUCUCCCUACUGCGACGAGGAGCUGCCCCCCGCAAAGACGAUGCGCGCCGGAGAAGGGCAGAGGCAGGCGGCCUUUUUCUUCGGCAACCCCUCCGGCGCCGGAACGAUCCACGAGAGCAAGCCAAACCCAAACGACCACAGCGGCGAUGCCUGGACCGAGGAGCAGCACAAGGACUUUGUGUCGGCCGUCUUCGAGAUCGGCCUGAGGAACGCCUCGCCGGCGGUCAUACUGGAGAACAUGACCCAGAAGGCCGAGACGAUCACCAGCGAGCGGGUCAAGAGCAAGCUGCAAAAGUACCGGAGCGAGAAGAACCGGCGCCGGUCGAGGGAGGACUUUCUGGCGAGCUACUCCUCGUUUCUGGAACGCGCCAGGUCUCUCCGGGCGGAGGAAGCCCCCUCGGAAGAACCCGGCGUUUCGGACGGCUCGCUGCCGACGCCGAUCGACCCCCUGCGGCAGUGGAUCCUGCGGGGCGCCACCGGGAGCGGCGGCCCGGGGGUCCUUCUGGGCGGCGACGCGGCGGGCUACCUCACCUACGCCGUCGCGAGGGAAGCCGCGGAGGAAGCCGCGCGGAACGACCCGGCGGGGGGGCCUCCCCCGUCGCCAUCCGGCGGGCCGGAGGAGAAAGGCCUCCCCUCCACGGCUACCCUCAAGAAGGGCGCCAGGGACUAUGCCGAGCGCUACGCGGGGUCCGCGAUCCGGUUCCCGGUCCUGACGGAGGCCGAGAAAAAGUCCUCGCUGGGGAUCGCCAUGACCUUCCUGGCGGGCCUCUUUCUGACCCUGUCCCAGCACCUGACCAGGGAGCGGGCCCGGGCGGAGACCAUUGGGCUCAAGCUCCCGGCUCCCUCCGGGGCGGGCACGCCCGAUGCCACGACCCGUUCCGCAACCCAUGCCACACAGACACAAGCGCCUUCCGGCGGCGGUCCCGGUGCCUCGGUGGCGGGCCCCACCCACCGGACCCACCCGCGAGGCCCCGUCCGCACCGAUGCCAGCUAGUGGUAGUUGGCCGUGGACCGCGGUCUCGCCCGGACCGAAGAAGACGAACAG